GGGGAGUCGACUAUAAUAACCAGUGUUACCGUACAGUACGGACCUUCCACCGUAAGUCUGACUCCAUCAACUGUGACCUACACUUCUACCGAGGGACAGACUCUCCCCACCAUCACGUGUUCUGCCGACUGUAACCCGGUCUGUACCCACAGCUGGACAAAGGAUGGACAGUCCUAUACAACAGGAUCAGGUCUCCAACUCACCAACAUACAGCGUGGUCAGGGGGGCGUGUACAGGUGUACGGCCAGUAAUGAGUAUGGGAGUGACAUCAGCGUCAACAUCAACGUCAUUGUAGAUUACGGCCCAGGUACCUCCAUAGGUCUGACCCCGUCCGAAACUACCUACAACAGGACAGAGGGUGACACGUUACCGGACAUCACCUGUACAGCGGACUGUAGACCUGGCUGUACCUUUGUCUGGACACGACCGGACAACACCAAAUUUACUGUCUCACCUGUGUUGUCACUGGGACAACUGGACAGAUCAGAACACGGGACGUACAGGUGUACUGCUAGGAAUGUUGUCGGGGAGUUGACUAUAAUGACCAGUGUAACUGUACAGUAUGGUCCCGGUACCUCCAUAUCUUUGUCUCCGCCGAACACUAUCUACACCAGGACAGAGGGGGACACGUUACCGGACAUCACAUGUACAGCGGACUGUGGACCUGGCUGUACCUUUGUCUGGACACGACCGGACAACACCAACUUUACUGUAUCACCUGUGUUGUCACUAGGACAACUGGACAGAUCAGAACACGGGACGUACAGGUGUACUGCCAGGAAUGUUGUCGGAGAAUCAACGACAAUCGUCCAUGUUGAUAUAUUACGUAAGUAUCAUAUUCCAUGUUCACUGAAGUUGUUGAUUGAAUGCUUGAAUAAUAAAAAGAAAAUACCAGUCCACUUAAAUUUCAUUCUUAUGUACUGAUGAUUAGAAUAGUUUGAAUAGCAGGGAGUGAAUUAAACUGUAUCAAAUGAAGGUGAAUUCCUAUUGAUCAAUUAUUCAAUCUGCACAACAGUGAUGAGAGUAAAGCUCCAUUAAUGGUAUUCUGAUAUGGCUAGUAUCCUAGCAUUUUGAACAUCUAGAUAUGAUUUCCAUUUGAUUCUAUUUAUAUGUAGCUUUGCUCAGAAAGCGAGAAAUUAAAAAACACGCGUUUUCGCGUAUAUUUAAGUUCGGCGCCAUGUCAUGACGACAAAACAUGUUUCAUGGUAAGUGAAUUAAUCAAUCAAUCAAUCAAUCAAUUAAUUUCAGGAAUAGAUAGAUUUGCAAAUGGCUACCCAAAUUGACUCUACAAAUAAAACUGUGUAUCAAUUCUGUUUGAUGUUUCAAGUAAAUAUUAUAAUGCUUUUCGAAAUAAAAUGUUAGUGACGACAUAUUAUCGUUUUCGUACAUUUUUUAUUGACAUUGAAAAAAAAGUCAUUAACCCUGUUACCAACACUACUCUGAAUAUAUUGACAGACCUGAAUGUUUGCACUUUAAUCUGCUGAUACAUUUGUGGUCCUGUCUUACUCAUGUCAAAAGCUAUGAUAUAAUAAUCCACGAAUCAGUGCCUGAAGUUAUACCAUAGACAGGGCAGUGUAUCCAGUAGCAACAGUGAAGAGGAAACCGUUCAUAAUUUGUGUUAAGGUGAGUACAGUUCGUGAUUUAUAGCAGCCUCUUUUCCAGGUCACUUUAAAUGUUUUUAGCAAAUUCAAAUAUAAAAAAAAAAUCAUUUUUGUUUGGAAAUCAUAUGUCUGUCCUGUUAAUGUAUGUAUGUCCUGUAACAUGUAUGUCGUUCCUGUAACAUGUAACAUCGCAAACACAUCAGGUCAAACAUAAUGUUACCGAUAUAUAUCUGUUCCCGACGUAAGCCUGUACAGAAUUGUCACUAUUGCAUAAUCAGACGGUUGGAUAUUAUACCGAUUCCACACACUCCAUUCGAUCUUGAGCGACACAGAAAUCACGAUAUAUGAAAAUUUGAAUGUGCAUCAUAGUCUGUCACUUUAUACGAUAACUUUAAUACUAUCGUAUGUAAACAUAUAUUUAUAAAACGGAUAAAUAACUUCUUUUAAUAAAUGCAAUGUACCAUCAAACGAAAAAUAAAUUCGACAUUUGCAUUUUCAAUAUGGAAUCGGCUUAUAUUUUAAUGAAAUAAAAUACUUGAACAUUCUACAUUUGUAAACUACCUCGAGAUUUAUGACAUUUGAAAAACCUCAAAUGAUUAAGUACGUCAUAAACUAAAUUCUAAAUCUCUCCAAUGACAAUAUAAAUAGUGUGUAACUAAUAUCAACCGUCAAACAAACAGGCUAGGUGACAAAGUUUAAAACUUUAACCAUUAACUAUUUCGCUAGUUUACCAUAACUGUCCCGGACGUUGACUACAGCAUAUGAAGGACUGAAAUAAUAUAUAAGAAAACUAUCAACAUGGGACAGGACACCAAUAUACUUGUUCUGGUUGUCAUCUUUGUGUUCCUUCCAGGUAAGAAUUGACAAAAGAUGUUGGUGUGUCUUCCAGCAUGGUCAGCACUGAAUCUUAAACCAAGUUAAUGAAAGAAUACUUGUCUGUCGUUUGAGACCACUCUCAUAGCCAUAUCUUGAAUAAUUUGUCGACAAUCACAAUUUUCUCUAAUUUAAUUGUGUCACUAGGCCGAUGUAGUUUCUACCCUGAUUGUAUGAUAGGUGUGUUGAUAGACGAGGCGAGUGUCAGUGCUCUAAUAUUGUCAUUACAAAACAUAUCAUUGCGCGUUUGCUUGAAAUAAAAAAUAUUUUUGUUUUGAUAUAGUUGAUUAUUUUCAUUAAUGUUAUAGUCCUAUAUUGCUUUUGUCUAGAAUAUAGGUGCUUUAUUAAUUUCAAAAGGCCGCCGGUGAUUUAUAGGCGAAAAAGUUGUGAUUAUAUUCGUCUUAGGCAUUCUAGCGCAAGCCUCCUUAUUAUGUACCAUGUGUAAAAAUUAAUAAUUACAUUCUGUAUGGUUAGCAUCAUCUAGAUACAAUGCACGCGUGCAAAUUUGGUUAAGGUCAUCAGUUCACCUCUAACACCAUAAUAUUACUUUAUAAUGCACAUAUGAUGGAGAAUGCAUUGGAUAGAAAUUGGCACUGUUGUAAUAUAGUUUAUAUAAUAUACAUGUAAAAAACGAGGUAACUUCUACAACAGCAAUUUUAAACUCGAAAUAUGAUUUGUAAGCUAUACUCUAACUCCACCCAUAAACUAUAUAUACCUAUUUUGCAAUAUUGGGUUUUGAUCCCCAUCAGUGGAUGGUUAUUGUGUUAUAUACAAAUGGACUGUCGGCCUGUAGCUGUUGGGGGGAUAAGCUCAAUUUGACCAAAUAUGCAUAUCUAUACAUAUCACCACAAACAUCUAAUCAUUUCUUAAGAAGUUACUUUCUUCCAAUCAUGCAAAAAAUCAAAACAAUCUAUAAAGAUACCCCCCUUCUUAUUAUAUAAUGCUAUAUAUUAUAAUAUUAUAUAAUAUAUAUAUUUGUUGUAUGUAAAUAUGUUUAAGUUUGUUUACCUGUUUAUGUAAGGAGAGGACUUAUAUAGGCUCUGCCUGAUGUCCAAUCCUAUAUUGAUAUUAACACCAGUCAACAAAAUAUGUUGAAAUUGAAAGGUCAUCAAAAGACAGCGCAAUACACUUGUAAAUAUUUGUAAUUACUAUUAGGUUAUAUAAUGAUUGUUAUGUAACACUGGUUUACAUAGUUCAUGAACAGAUAGGGUUCUAUUGCUGGUACAUACAAGGCCACAAAUUCAGAAUUUCUGUUUCCUUCAUACGUCAUAUGUUGACAGACAGGUAUUUUUUAGGAAGUCGUUCGUUUUAUUCCAACAUAGGUGUUUGCGUGAUGUCAGGGACUUCCGUUAUUAACAACAUCAAUAUCAUACCAAGGGUUUCGGUACCUUGCAUAUA